UCGCAGCCGCUCUAGGCUGAGCGGCUUGUUUGCCCUCAGCCCCACCCCCUGGAGCACGUGGCACUGGGAGCUAGCUCCCAUUGGCCCGGCUCCGUCUCGGAGGCGGGGCUAGCAGCAGUGAACCGGCAGCAGGCCUGUGCCGGCUCAGUCCUUCCCUGACCGAGCAGAAGGAAGGACGUGCUGCUGCUCGGCUUCGGGGCCUCCACGUGGCCGGCUGGGUACCCGAAUCGGAAGCCGGAGCAGGAGGCCCACGGGAGUGGAACGUCGGGGAGCAGUGCAGCAGCCCUUCGAGCGAGCAGCGGAUCGGAGCGGCUCGGCGGCCAGGGCCUCUGUAGCCCGGCCGCCUGUGGUAACGGGCUCUGGGGGGAUCACAGGAGAGGCUUUUAAGUCCUCCUCGGAACGGCCUUUGAUCUUCGGGCCUCUCCACACAAGGGCUUCUAGGCCCCGGCAGGCCCAAGCUGCCCAGCAUCGAGUGAGGGCAGCAGGCCGCCCCAGGCCCUCAGUAGGCCGCGCCAGGCCUUCAGCGGGGGGGCAAUUGACUAACCCGGUCAUCUGGGGGGAGGGUUGAUUGGACGUUGGGGGUGUUGGCUUGAACUGUGUGAACCCCUUCAACCCAGGGCCCAUUUAGGCCUUCUGCUAAGGGCGGCCUUUGCCUUUAUUGUCGGGCCUGUAGGGCCUAACCCCCCCCACACACCCAUUUUGGGGGCCUGCAUUGACUAGGCCUCCCUGGUGGGCUCGUGGGCCUCCCCUGCCGGGCCUAAGCUUCAUUUGGGGGCCUUUCAGUGGGGCUGGGCCUUACCACGGCUAGGUGGGGCAGGCGCUGUGACUCAUAGGCCUUCCUUGCCAGCGUAGGCCUCAGUCAGGCCUUGCGCCGGCCAGGUCACUCGUUUACGCACUUGAGGGCAGGGUACAGGCCCAUAAGCUUCAUCCUUUGGGACAUGGGCCCUAAGAAAGCCCCAGUUAAGAAAGCCCCAGUUAAAAAGGGUGGGAAGGCUCCAGCCAAGAAGGGUGGCAAGCCAACGCGGCCACCUAAGAGGCCAAACGCACCCGCCGAAUCCUCCUCCGACGAUGAGGGCGAUUUGGAACUGGGCGCCAUCAGGGCGUUUAUAGCACGGCUGCAGGCCCUUGAGAGGCAGCGCACCACUCUAGAGGGCGACGAGGCGGGCGGGGGGCCUUCGGGGGUGCCCCCACAUGCAAAAAAGUCAAACAGGGCGGAAAAGAAGGCAAAACUAAUGCAGGGCUUUGCUGACCGUCUAGCAGCUUUGGAGGCGGCAGCGGGAACUGCCCACGAGGAACCAGCGGGGAUCACGACACAACCGGCGGACUCAGGACCAGGAGACGGCAGGGACAACAAUGGGCCUCAGUCGGCUGGGCCGAGGGCGGCCGGGCAGCGCGCAAGAGUCCUCAUACUGGGCCAUUCCUUCAUUUUCUGGGCACGCAAGUGGGCGCAGAGCACCGACCCUGGAACCCAGCUUGGUUUGGGGCGUUGGGCCACUGUGGAGUGGCUUGGCCGGCGGGGCAUGCGGAGGGCCCAGUUCCUGCCGAUGCUGCACGAGUUCCUGGAAGGGAAUCCUGUCCCGGAUGUCCUGCUGCUGCAUUUUGGAGGCAACGACCUGGUGGACCAGUCUGGCAUUUUGCUCUCAAGACAGAUUGCCCAGGACCUGGUGGUCGCCCUCUCCUGGUGCCCGGGGCUGGUGGUCAUCUGGUCUGACAUCACUCAGCGGCGAGUCUGGAGGGGGGCGGUGAAGCAGAACAAGGUAGAUAGGGCUAGGCGCGGGGUGAACGCGGCCAUGGCGUGCUUCAUCGCCUCAAAGGGGGGUGGGUGCAUCCCACACAACGACAUCGCGUUCUCGCUCCCCCAGUUAUUCAGGGGUGAUGGGGUGCACUUGUCCCCCCUUGGUAUGAGGUAUUUCUUAGACGAUCUGCGGCUGGGGUUGGCAACAGUGCUGUUAGGCCUGUGGGGUGGCGGGGCGUCAAGCUAGGCUGACGCCCGCUGUGGCGGGCACAGUGCGGAGGUGAGCGGCUGAUGCGGUGCGGCACCUUAGGUAAGCUUUAGCUGUAAGGUGGAGGGGCAGAUCCCUUGAGGCUUUACAGAUCAGGGAUGCUGCCUUGCUCCCACCUCCCUGCAACCGACACCCUUCCGUAUGGCUUUACAGCGUCGGACAGGUGAUGUAAAUUGCAGGGUCCUGACCUUAGGUCGGCAACGAAGGGCGCCCCCUUCUGGAAGGUGGGCCGCCUGGAGCCGAGGUGUCUGUGCCAUGAGAUUCUAGGGCGGGGGUAGCCACGUGGUGCCCCCCCCCAUCCGAGCCCGCACUGUUGCUGCUCUGAAUGCCAACCCCAGCUGCCGUGCCUGUGCAGGCACUGUCUUAAAACCUUGUACCCCUAAUAAAGUGACCAGUUCCUCCAUAAUACUUCUGUGUCCGUGUCUCCUUGGGUCUGGGUGCAAGCCAGCCGAUCGCAGCCGCUCUAGGCUGAGCGGCUUGUUUGCCCUCAGCCCCACCCCCUGGAGCACGUGGCACUGGGAGCUAGCUCCCAUUGGCCCGGCUCCGUCUCGGAGGCGGGGCUAGCAGCAGUGAACCGGCAGCAGGCCUGUGCCGGCUCAGUCCUUCCCUGACCGAGCACCCUCCCUCCCUCCCUCUGGCAUAGGUUGGGCUUUGCUGGUCGCCGUUUGGGGCCGGGCAGGAAUUUUUUGGGUAUACGCUUGAUUGGCCUUCGCGUGCACCUUUUUUCGCCUGCCUCAACCUAUACCAGUUAGUAGCAAGGUUGCUUAGCGGGAUUGAUUAGUUAGCCAGGGAAUAGCUUGUGGUCACUUUUACCACGGGGUUGGCGGGCACAGUGCGGAGGUGAGCGGCUGAUGCGGUGCGGCACCUUAGGUAAGCUUUAGCUGUAAGGUGGAGGGGCAGAUCCCUUGAGGCUUUACAGAUCAGGGAUGCUGCCUUGCUCCCACCUCCCUGCAACCGACACCCUUCCGUAUGGCUUUACAGCGUCGGACAGGUGAUGUAAAUUGCAGGGUCCUGACCUUAGGUCGGCAACGAAGGGCGCCCCCUUCUGGAAGGUGGGCCGCCUGGAGCCGAGGUGUCUGUGCCAUGAGAUUCUAGGGCGGGGGUGGCCACGUGGUGCCCCCCCCAUCCGAGCCCGCACUGUUGCUGCUCUGAAUGCCAACCCCAGCUGCCGUGCCUGUGCAGGCACUGUCUUAAAACCUUGUACCCCUAAUAAAGUGACCAGUUCCUCCAUAAUA